UGGCGGCAAUUAUUACCCGGGCAUCCGUAGUUCAGGAUCGCUGCGGGAAAUAAUCCCUUUCGUGUCCCAGCGGGAGAGUCGCGGAAAGCUUUCCACAUCGGAUUUUUUACCUGCCAUUUAACCCGAUCCUAACCAGCUGAGGUCCCCUCGAAGAGAUCGAUCUGCUCGCAGCCACGUGCCUUCGUCAGCGUUCCAGCAGAUCCCUUCAUUCCUCCAUCUCGAGGAAUAUCUGUAGCAGCCCCACUAGGGAUCGCCGCCCCUCCCCUUGUGACCUGUGCGACCGCAUCAGCCCCUUUGCUUCCCCUAUCUCCAGGCGAGAUUUCCUUCAUUGGAAAGGUAAAAUCUACCUGCAGCCAGGUCGAUCCAUCAGGAGCACCUGGACAAGUCAGGUUAUAUCGAGUUUAGAUCCGUGUGCCGGAGAAAAGUGACUUUCCCGAUCGUUUCCCGUGCUGCCUGCAGAAGGGUCUCCUUUCGCCCUGCCGGCGCCCGCGGAACUCCGCGCCACUUGAGGCUAGUCCGCGCAUCUACUCCGCCCCCGCUGGCUUGCAAAUCCUCGCUCCUCAGCCAGCUGCGAGCCCUCUUUUCUCCUCGCAGCCGCCCGAUCUUCCAAUCCCCGGAGUCAUCAUGAGCGCCCCUCUCAAGCGCGCCCCUCUGCUCAGCUCGCUCCUCAAGAAGCGAGGCCCCGGGAGCGCGCCCGCGCAUCAGCAGCAGCUACUGCCCACCUCCUCGGUGUGCGCCUUGGAGUCGAAGGCGGAGAUGCCUUCCGUGUCCCCUGGGCCACCUCGUCCGCACUCGCUCUCCGCCAUGCCCGGCCCCAUCAAGUGGCCUCUGAUGGGCAGCCUGCUGGACAUCCUCUGGAAAGGCGGCCUCAAGCGACAGCACGAGACUUUGGCAGACUACCAUCGCAAGUUUGGCAAGAUCUUCCGCAUGAAGUUAGGUGCUUUUGACUCGGUACACAUCGGUGCCCCUUGCUUGCUGGAAGCACUCUACAGGAAGGAGAGUGCUUACCCACAGCGUCUUGAGAUUAAGCCCUGGAAAGCCUACCGGGACUACCGUAAAGAGGGUUACGGGCUACUUAUCCUGGAAGGCAAGGACUGGCAGAGAGUAAGGAGUGCAUUUCAGAAGAAACUAAUGAAGCCUACAGAAAUUGUCAAGCUUGACACCAAAAUCAAUGAGGUCCUGGCUGAUUUCAUGCAUCGGGUUGACACACUUUGUAAUGGGAAAGGAGAGAUAGAAGACCUGUAUUCCGAACUGAACAAAUGGUCAUUUGAAAGUAUUUGUCUGGUGCUGUAUGGGAAAAGGUUUGGACUCCUGGAGCAGGACGUAGGAGAUGAAGGCUUGAAUUUCAUCAAGGCUGUAAAAACGAUGAUGGGUACAUUUGGGAAGAUGAUGGUGACCCCAGUUGAGCUCCACAAAAGGCUGAAUACUAAAGUCUGGCAGGCUCAUACAAAUGCAUGGGACAAUAUAUUUAAGACAGCAAAAUGUUCAAUUGAUAGCAGGCUGAAGAAACACUCUGCCAACCCCACAGAGGAUUUCCUCUGUGACAUUUAUGUUGGGAGCCAGCUUUCCAAGAAGGAGCUGUAUGCUGCCAUCACGGAACUCCAGAUUGCGGGAGUUGAAACGACUGCCAAUAGUUUACUCUGGGCUCUCUAUAACAUCUCCUGCUACCCGGAGGUCCAGGCAAAGCUGUUUGAAGAAAUAAAGAGUGUAGUUCCAGAUGGGGAGAACCCAACGGGCGAACAUCUGAAGAAAAUGCCCUAUUUAAAGGCCUGCCUGAAAGAAUCUAUGAGAAUAACACCAUCCGUGCCAUUCACAACCCGGACACUUGACAAAGAAACAGUGAUUGGAAAUUAUACCCUUCCUAAAGGGACAGUGUUGAUGAUCAACAGCCAUGCUUUGGGGUGCAAUGAAGAAUAUUUCAGCGACUGGAGUCAAUUCAAGCCAGAACGUUGGCUUCAGAAGAACAUCAAUCCUUUUACUCACGUCCCCUUUGGCAUCGGGAAAAGAAUGUGCAUUGGACGCCGUUUGGCAGAGUUGCAGCUACAAUUAGCUCUCUGUUGGCUCAUACGGAAGUAUCAGGUUGUAGCGACUGAUAACAAGCCAGUAGAAACUCUGCACUUAGGAAUACUCAUCCCCAACCGAGAAGUUCCCAUUGCAUUCAGGAGACGUUAAGUUACUUCUGAAGGAAUCGGGUGGCUUCUUGGCUGCUACUUUUUUUCCCCCGCGGACAACAAACACCUUUGAAUGUCGGAAGCUUCGACCUCCAGGCAUGCUCUGAGCACUAAUGAGUGGAACAUCCGAAGCUAGUUCUGACUUUGCUUUGGAAGCCAAUCUGUGGUUAGUGCACCUGAAAAAUUUCAUAACGAAUGCUGAAACAGACCUUGCCUGUAUGAAGAGGAAGGUUGGCAGGGCUCAAAAAGACGGGGAGAAGACCAGGAAUCUUUUCAUGCAGGUCUAACAAAAAUCUGUUUCUGUUCACCUGCCAACAUGCAAUCCAUCAGCUGCUGCUCAGGAGACAUCCCUCCUGUUACAGUGCUGCAAUUCUUUAAGUUCCAUGUCACAAUGUAGGGCAUGGGAGCAAGGAAGAUGAGUUUUGUUGCCUUACUCCCAAAUUUUCAUGAGCCUGCAUGUUUUUUUGUGCAAUGAUUUCUAUGCAGGGCUGGCUUAUUAUUUAUGCAGUCUCUCUUUCCAGGGAGAUCAGUAUGAGUGGGGAAAUGGAGCAUUCUCUAAGGGUUAUUGUGUUUAGAUUUUUAAAAAAAUAAUAAUGGGGGAGCAAGCAACAGUGAACACCACCGAUCUGUCUGUCAUCGCUGAGAACCCGGGUACAACUACGUGUAAAUAUUUGCCAAUGUACCAUGUAGAACCCUGCAUCCUAAGGGUUCAACAUUGGAAAUGCUGCUGGGAUAAUCCAGUUUUAAUGGAUGUGCAUGUAUUCUCCCCAUUACUACCACCAGCAGUUGUAAUGCAGUCUUUGGCAGACAACACAGCAGGGAGAACCGGAAUGGAGAAUAUUUAACUUAUUGGACUUCAGCUCCCAGAAACUGUAGCCACCCUUUCCAGCAGUAAAAGAUUGUAAGAGUUGUAGUCUAGGAAUCUGGAAGGUUAAUGUUGCCCACCCCUGAAGUAGACUGUAAAUAUUGUAUAUAGUUUACCAGUAUUUUUGCCCAUUUCUGUAUAUUAAAAAGACAAUGUUUCCCUUUUUUUAAUGGUUGUAUUUUUUACAUGAAUUGUUAUUUUAUACAUUUGAAAAUAUUUGUAGAAGCCUUUUAAAAGACAGUUGAGUCCUGCAUACUUUGGAGAACUGUUGACGACCCUAUGUACUCAAUUUCUUAUUUUUGGAAAAAGUUUAAAUUUCUGUUGUUGAUGCCUUCUGAUAAUUUUGUAAUAAAAUUAUAAUAA